AUGCAGGAAUCAAGCAGUCGAUCUCCCUCCUGCCUCCGCCCCCCGCCCCAGCGCUCUCGCGAGAUCCCCAGGCUCGCGGGUUUCUUCCUCUCAGGCUGCGGGGCGGGCGGGAUCCUGUCCCCCGGGCGGGAGCAGCGCAGCCCGGGCGGGCUGUGGCGGCGGCAGCGGCGCGGAGCCCAGGGCGGACCGUCCUACUGCCCGCCAGCACGCGGGGGAGCCGCCCGUGCCGCACACGGCUCCGCGACCCGUCGGGCCCUGCCCGCCGCCGGCCCCACCCUCCGGGCCGAGGAGGACGGAGCCUGGACGACUCCUUCGCUGAGAGGGACAAGGAGACGGAGGAGGAGGAGCAGCAGCCGGGCGACGGCGGGACCGCGGGUGCGGGGACCUCACUCCCCGGGCUCCAGGGCCCUGAAGAAGGGUGAAGGUGAGUGGAAAGAGUUUGAGCAGAAAGAGGGUGAACACAGCAGCCUGCGGGUCCGGGCAGCGGAAAUAAGUGCAAAGGAAGGAGAUGACGAUGGAAGGAGAGAAGAUCCAGGCGACAGCUGGGAAGAAGGUGGAGGUGCUGGUGGUGUAGAGGAAUCUUCAGGUCCCUGGAAUAAAACAGCUCUGAUGCAAGCUCCUCCUGCUCCCGGAAUUGUUACAGAAACCCCAGAACCACUGAUGACCGGGGGUGUGUGUAGACCUCCCGGGGACGGGUUAACCUCAACAGGGAAAACACGAGAACCGGCGGGAACAGACAGCAGCCCGCAGUCCCCUCCCUGCUGCCCCUGCCAGCCUGUAGAAAGCCGGAGGGACAAAGAAGUGAAGAGCUUUGAAGUAGUAAGUCACAAACGUAGGGGAAUGGAUGAGGUUUCAAAGCAGGCCCUUAAACUUCAGCUAGACAACCAGUAUGCUGGGCUUGAAAAUCAGAAAAGCAGCCACACACAGACAUUGAGUCGUUGCUAACCCUUCUAAGGUAACUAGACCACAGCCAACCACCAUGAACAGUCAUCGAUUAUCUGAUCUCUGCUGGAUCUACAGCAACUGAUGCAGACCCCUCGGUAUAAGUGAUCAGCCCUGUUGAGGAUGUUUAAACUGUCACAACUGCUCUUUAUGUCUAUUGGAUUUAGGGGAAUUUUCAUUGUUGUAUAAAUGUGUGAAAUAGAUUCAGCACUGUCUUUCAUAAGUACCCUGGAAAUAUAAAAACGAAAAAACAACUCCAGCCAAUGGACAGUUCAAAAUCUUUUUGAGCCUUUGUAAGGGUUGACUACCUCAGAUUUGCUGCACUAGUUGUGUUCAGUCUUGAUGAAAGUGGCAAUACAGGAAUUGGACUCCUAGGAAGGUUCCUGUGUCCCCUGACAGGAUCUGUCUACCACUUCUGGGCAAUCAUGUUGGCAUCAUUUGAGGUGGCAGGAAGGAUACCUGCCUUCUGAUCUGUUUGGGCAAGUAGCUGAGCCAAGGAAAGGUUGAAUGAUUCAAAGAGACACACGGAUUCUUGGUUAAACUGAAGAUUUCAUUUGGGAACCAAAAACCUUAACAAAUAAUCUCUUGGACAUCGAGCAACAUAUUUUCCCUGAAAAGAAUGUAUCUUUUCCAGCAAAAUCUUGUUGGGUGUUAUGUAUUUGAGGAAUGAACUUACAUGAAUACGUGGAGAUGUUAUUUAAUGGCAUUCUGUAUUAGAAAUCUGGACACCUGCUGCAGAUUUAAAAUUCCAACUCUUGUUACCACUUUUUAAAAUAUUGUGAAAUUAUGAAAAUGGACAUGAAUCAAGUUUUUAUAUACUGUGUGAUGGGUAAAUGAGGCUGUCCAUUGUACCAUUUCUUGGAAGUCUCAGGCACGGUUUUGGCAGUGCAGGAACUCCACAACAUUAACAGAUUCAAAACAAAGUAAAUAUAUGGAAGAAAACAACUUCCUCGACCUCACCAGGGGCAUGCACAAAGAUACUACAUCUAUAAUUAUGCUUAAUCUUGAAAGACUAACUUAUUUCCCCCUAAGAUCUGGAAAAAGACAAAGAUAUCUGUACUUACUUAACACUGUACUAAGAAUUUUAGCCAGUUCAAUAAGGAAGAGAUAAAAGAAAGAUGAAAUAAUUGGAAAGAAUAAACAAAACUCAAUUUUCAUAUGACAUGAUUGAAAAUCCCAUAAAAUCAAUUUUAAAAGCUCCUAGAACUAAUAAGUGAGUUGAACAAGGUCAUAGGAAAUAGGAUCAGUAUACAAAGAUUAACUAUGUGUCUUUGUCCUGACAAUGAACAAUUGGAAACUGAGAUUUGAAAACACUUACAGUAGCUCUAAAAUGCAUCCUCAGUGCAUAGCACAGGGACUAGUACACAGUGUAUGUCAGGAAAAUGUUUGCUGACUGAGUGAGACCGAGAGAGGGAAAUGAGGACCAGGUCAAAGAAGUUCUUGGAUAUGAUGAGUUGAGGCUUCAGCCUGAAAGUAUUGGGAAGUGAAGGACUUUUUAAACUGAAUAAAAUGGUGCCCCUUGCUAAAAAAAAAAAAAAAAAAAAAAA